AUGUUCGCACAGACAGUCUACGACCUGCUGGCGACGUGCGCGUGGAAGGAGUUCACGAUCAACCUCAUGGUUCUGAUGCAGCUGGUGGAGAUGCAGAUCAAGCACAAUCACCUGCCGACGGUCCUGCCCUUUCACUCGGUGCACUAUCCUCUGCCAAAGGAAAUCGUGCGAGACAUCGCCAGGUCUCACAGCAACCAGAAGCUGCAGGACGUGAUGCGAGCAGAGAAGGUGAAAGAGGUCGAGCUCAAGCUGUUCAAGGUCAAGGAGGCUCCUUCGUCUCCUCAGUCUCCGCCUCCUAAGCUCAGGAUCGGCUACGUUAGUGCUGAUUUUGUCAACCACCCAACCGCCGACCUCAUGCAGAGCGCACUGCUGCUACACGACACAAGCAAGUUUGAGAUCUUCCUCUAUUCCAUCACAAGGAACGACUCGUCCAUGUACCGGCAGGUCCUGCAGCGCGAAAUCCCAAACUUUCGCCUCCUCCCCAACGCCAAGAACGACAAGGCGUGCGCGCAGAUGAUUGCGGACGACGAGAUCGACAUCCUCGUCAACCUCAACAGUCACACUGCCGGUGAGAGAAAUGGCAUCUUUGCCUUCCGCCCUGCGCCCCUCCAGGUGGUCUACCUCGCCUACCCGGGCACGCAUGGUGCCUCCUACCUGGACUACAACGUGGUGGACAUGGUUGUCAGCCCCAAGGAGCAUCGUGAGAUGUACACGGAGUCACUGAUCUACAUGCCCCACUGCUACCAGACCAACUCUUUCCAAGACCUCUACCCUGAGAUCCUCUCCUCCUCCUGCCUCCCUUCCCGCAAGGACCACGGCCUUCCCGAGCACGCGCUUGUCUUCUGUACUUUCAACCGCCUGGGGAGAAUCACGGAGCAUAUCUUCCACGCCUGGAUCAGAAUCCUCAAGCGCGUGCCCAACAGCGUCCUCUGGCUCUACAAACACCCGACCAUGGCCGUCCUCCGUCUCCUUCGCGCAGCUCGCGAGCAAGGCAUCGACGCGACGCGCUUCGUGUUCGCAGGCCCGAUGAUGCCCAAGAUCGAGCACCUGAAGCGACUGACUCUCGCCGACGUCUAUCUCGACACACACAUCUACAACGGCCACACCACAGGAAGCGACUUCCUCUGGGCCGGCGUACCCAUGGUCACGUUACAGGGCGACACCUUUCCUUCCCGCGUCGGCGCCUCCCUCGCUCGCGCCGUUGGCAUGCAGGAGAUGAUCGCGACGGAUCUGGCGGGGUACGAGGAGAAGGCGGUGGAGCUAGGCAACAACAAGGAGGCGCUGGAGGAGAUGAAGGCGAAGCUCAAGGCGGCUCGGCUGACUGCUCCUCUCUUCGACACGGCCCGAUGGGUUGGAAGCUUCGAGGACGCACUGACGAGGAUGUGGGAGAGACACGCGAGGGGUCUCGAGCCUGAGGACAUCUUCCCCAUCGACCCCGGAGCUAAGCACAGGGUGAGCUCCCUGCCAGUUGCGGGGGUCUGA